AUGCCCGCCAUGACUUAUAUCAAUCUUUUGCUUCAGUUGAGUGUUGUUGGCUAUGUCAAAGCUGCAGCUCUACCCCAAACAGUGCCAACUUUAUCAAAUGGGAUCAAGGAUUGGCUAAGUCCUCCUUAUACACCAUUCCAAGCACCAUUGGCUAUCAUGCCAACUUCACAGCCAAAGGUUACUUAUAUCGAGCCAGUGAAUGGCACAGUGAUUGAUUUCUUCGAGAUUGAUAUUCGUCAAUUCACUGCUCAGACAUAUCCCCUCAGUUCGGGAGUCGGCCCAACCACUUACGUUGGCUAUGAUGGCAUGGCCCCUGGGCCAACUCUCCGCAUGUCUCGAGGCCGUGAAGCUGUUGUCCGCUUCACCAAUUCCUAUGAUAGACCUUCGUCGAUCCAUCUCCAUGGCAGCUACUCACGUGCACCUUGGGAUGGAUGGGCUGAGGAUGUAACAAACCCAGGGGAAUUCAAGGACUAUUACUAUCCUAAUGGACAGCCUCAGAGAACUCUGUGGUAUCACGAUCAUGCUAUUGGCAUCACGGCCGUGAAUGCGUAUUUUGGACAAGCUGGCUUCUAUAUACUCACAGAUCCCGAGGCUCCCACGACUCUGCCAACAGGCGACUACGACAUUCCCCUCAUGCUUGCAGGGAAGGUGUCAUUGUACGGCGAUGUCGUCACUGUCAAUGGAGUUCCGUGGCCCUAUCACCAAGUUGAGCCCAGAAAGUAUAAGUUUCGGCUUCUCGAUGCAAGUGUUUCCAGAUCUUUUAGCCUGUACUUAGUCGACGAGGCAAACCCAUCCGUGCAUCUUCCCUUUGCUGUCAUCGGUGCGGAUGCUGGCUUCAUGGACCACCCAGUCACCACCGAUAGUCUUGUCAUAGCAAUGGCAGAGCGUUGGGAAAUUGUGAUUGACUUCGCUUUAUAUCAAGGCAAAAGUCUAGUUCUAAUGAACGAGCGCAAUUUUCAAACGAAUGAAGAUUACCCCGAAACGAACAAAGUAAUAAAAUGGAUCGUCGGAUCCGUUGUGACAUCAGAUGAGAACAAUGGGCCAUUGCCUACCCAAUUAGCAGAUUUGACAGACCCUGGGUCACACACAACCAUCGACCAUCAAUUUGUUUUCGAAAGAGCCAACGGCCAAUGGUUGAUCAAUGGUGUUGAUUUCGAAGAUAUCCCAAACCGAAUCCUUGCCAAACCGCCUCAAGGAGGCGUCGAGAGAUGGCGUUUGGUUAAUAAGGCCGGUAGAUGGUCACAUCCUAUUCAUAUCCAUCUUAUCGACUUCAAGGUUGUUUCGAGAACUGGAGGAAGAGGUGUGGUAGAAGAGUAUGAAGCAGCGGCUCUCAAAGAUGUCGUGUAUCUCGGGGAGAAUGAAGCCGUGGAAGUCAUUGCUAAUUACCAACCGUGGGGUGGUGUCUAUAUGUUCCACUGCCACAACCUAGUACAUGAGGAUCAUGACAUGAUGGCUGCCUUCAAUGUCACCGACGUGGACUUGAGUGCAUUUGGAUACCCAGACAACGCAACCUUCACAGAUCCCAUGGCUGCAAUCUGGCGCUCGAAGCAAAGGCUUGCCGCUACGGAUCUGCAGGACAUCCAAGACAACAUCUUGCCCCUGUUUGCUGGAUUGGGUGCAUACCCGUCAACAGAGGGUGUAGAGCAUGCCCUUCAGGACUAUUAUAUUGAUCACGUCCCGAUCGAUGGCAUAACACCGAAUGUAAAGGUUAGGAAUGAAGUGGAGCGAAAGAUAAGAAAGAGAAAGAGUUGCUCUAGUGAUGGUGAUGAUGGAACUGGGGAUGAUGACAAUUCUAUCUAA